AUGUCAACAGAAACAGAAACCCCGCCGCGGGAAAGCCCCGAGGCCGUCAGCGAGCCCUCGAAAAAAUCCAAGAAGCGCAAGAACGACGCCGACGAGAUCGAAGUCGACCUCUCCCUGCCCGAGCCCCCAUCCAAGAAGGCCAAGCGUCUCCUGAAGAAGGGCAAGCCCCUCCCCGUCAAGAAGGACUCGGACGACGAGGCCAGCGACAAGGAGGAGGGCGGCGACGGCGACAAGAAGGACAAGGACGGCAAGAAGAAGGAGCGGUCGCCCUACGGCGUCUGGAUCGGCAACCUGCGCUUCAGCGUCACCAAGCACGACCUGCGCGACUGGCUGCUCGAGAACUCGGGCGGCAGCAUCACCGCCGAGCACAUCACGCGCAUCAAGCUGCCCUCGUCGCGGCCCAAGGGCGGCGCCCGCCGCGCCGAGGGCGAGGCCUUCGAGAACAAGGGCUACGCCUACGUCGACUUCUCCACCUACGACGCCACCAUCGCCGCCAUCGCCCUGUCCGAGACCGAGUGGCACCGCCGGAGGCUCCUGAUCAAGGACGCCAAGAGCUUCGAGGGCCGGCCCGCCAAGCCCAAGGCCGACGCCGACGAGGCCGGGGCCGGUGAGGCGGGCGGCAAGGCGGCGGCGGCUGCGGCCGAGGCCAGCGCCGCGCCCAAGUCCACGACCAAGAAGAUCUUCGUCGGCAACCUGAGCUUCCAGACCACCGAGGACGACCUGCACGAGCUCUUCGGGACCUGCGGCGAGAUCGAGUGGCUCAAGGUCGCGCAGUUCGAAGACUCGGGCAAAUGCAAGGGCUACGCGUGGGUCAAGUUCAAGGAGGCCGAGGCCGCAGACUGGGCCGUGAAGGGUUUCGUCAAGAUCAAGGAGGUUGAGGAGACGGAGGAGGACUUCAUGGACGUUGACGACGAGGAGCAAGAAGGCGAGGAAACCAAAGAGGAAGGGGGAGAAGGGAAAGAGGAGGACGAUGAUGACGACGAAAGCGAGAAGAAAAAGAAGACAACAAAGAAGACAAAACCACAAAAGGAGGAGCGCAAGGUCAAGACCCGCAAGUGGUGGGUCAACACCCUGCACGGCCGGCGCUUGAAGAUCGAGGCAGCAGAGGAUGAUCAGACGAGAUACAAGAAGAGGUACGGCGGUAAGGGCGCCGCUGCCGCCGCCGGCGGUCAGAAGGAGAACUCCAAGCGUGAGGCCGGUGGCGACAGGCAACGUCCACAAACCCACAACCACAGGCACAACAAUAUCAAGAAGAGGCGGGACCACGAUGAGGGCGGCGAGAGGAAUACCGACGCCAAUGCAGCUGCGCCAAAGGAGGCAGAGGUUAGCAACUUCCGACAGGACAUCAGCGUGGCGAGAUUGACGGGAGCUCCGGUGAAGCCUGAGGGCAAGAAGAUUACUUUUGAGUGA